AUGGCGAAGAAGCAACCUGACGCUGUCAAAUACAAAGGCUAUGUUCCUGCGGAAGGAGCGAAGAUAGACCGAGUCAAGGCCACGGUCGAUCCAAAGGAAUUCCACAAGCGGUACAUCGCUAAGAGACAGCCGGUAAUCAUCGAGGGUCUUAUUCAGGAUGAAGACUUCAAGGCGGCGAAAUGGACGGAUCUCGGUUACCUCAAGGAGACCGCCGGCUCGGCUUCCGUAAAGAUCGAACCUAUUGAUCCGGAUGUCAAAACUUUCGGAACCGCUGCGGAGAAGCUAAAGAUGCCAUUCUCCGAGUUCAUCGACAAACUUACCAGCACACCGGACAAAUACUACCUCACCACACAGUACGAUGAAGAUGGUGAACCGAGUGUGCUCCCACCUCCGAUGGAUCACCUCGCUACAGACUUUCCUUUGCAUCCCAAGAUCACCGGCAACCUUGUCCUGCAGCAGACGAAUCUAUGGAUCGGGAACUCAUCAGAGGGGACGUCGUCCGGGUUGCACCAUGACUUUCACGACAACAUCUACUGUCUCUUGAGAGGGAAGAAGCGCUUCGUGCUCUACCCGCCAUCAGCCCACCCUUCUAUGUACACCUACGGAGAGCUGGAUACCGUACAUCAGAAUGGGUUGAUCUCUUACACAAACCGACCAUCACGAGCUGACGGAUUGACGGAGAGGGAGGCAGCGCAGGAGAAGGUGGACGCGCUGGAAGAGCGUUGGCAUAAGCUCGAAGAAGGUGCAGAUGAAGAAGCUAUUGCGGCGGCUGAAGAGGCUUUUGAGGAUGCAAUGGGUGAGCUUGCUAUGUUGGGUGAUGAAGAUGAUGAAGAGGAUCUGGAACUUGGUGACGGCGGUGAUGACUUUGAGGAGAGCGAGAGUGAUGGUGACUGGGAAACACUGGGAUCAAAGGCGGCAAAGCCCAACGAUGUUCAUGAAGAAGAAUCUUCCGAUGAGGAGGACGGUCCUACGUUUGGCGAGUUCAAUGGCGACGAUGACCAUGAUAGUGAAGAAGAGGAAGGCCUUGGAUUCGAUAUACCGGAAGACGAGGAUCCGGUGUCGUUCUCUACCAUCCCAGUGUCGUAUCUCCAUAAUCAUCUGGAUCUUCCGACGAUCUCGAAGGCUCCCAAGGGCAAUGUGAAAGAUUUUCCGCUACUUAAGACGGCAAAUGCUCUGGUUGGGCAUUUGGAGGAGGGCGAGAUGCUCUACCUCCCGGCGAGUUGGUUCCAUGAGGUCACUAGUUCUUCGUCGAAGAACGGGACUGUUCAUAUGGCUUUUAACUACUGGUUUCAUCCCCCAGACGGCAGCGAAUUCAAGCAUCCCUACAACGACCGCUCAAUAUGGGAGCGAAAGUUGAGAGCUGUUGAGCAAAAGGCAGCGGACAUUAAAGCUCGGGUAGCGGGAAAAAAGAGAAAGAAGGAAAAGGCAAAGGCAAAGCGGAAGCGGAAGCAGGAGCGGGAUGCACCAUUGAAGGAUCAGAAGCGUGCAAAAUUGGACGGCAAGAAGACGAAACGAAAUCAGGCAUGA